AUGUACAACAUCAUCCUGGAAGAGCUGACGAGGAGACUGAAUUUCUCAUUAUUCUCAGUGCUUCAUGUAUGUUUCACUUUUCAUAAGAGACGACAAAAGACUAAGAAUGGUAAAGUUGUUGAUGAAUGUGUGACUGUCUACACUAAGUGUAGAGAUGGUGAUGAUGAUGACGAUGUUGAAUUAAUUCUUCAAGGAUUUAAGAAUUUGUUAGAGAAAGCAGAUCAGGGAAAUUAA